AUUGUGGUGGUCACAAUGCUCACGCGUUUUGAUUCGUUAUGAAAUAAAUGAUAAGUAGGGAAAGAUUACAAAUCUCCAUAUUAUAAAUAUAUAGCGACCUCUCGUAAAAAAGAUGCACAUUUUCGGUGUUGCUAACGUUGAUAGUGGACUGUGACAAGUGGUGACGUGAUGGAGAAGACGGAGGGGUUCAAGAGGUCGGUCACCAAACAGGUCCUCCUCGGCCUACUGACAAACUUUUCAAGCAUCGCCCCCAGCAUGAGUCUUGGAUUUUCAGCAGUUGCGCUCCCUGUUUUAACCAGUGCUACCAACCGUUAUGCCCUAAACAGUGACCAAGCUUCAUGGUUUGCAAGUAUAGCCUCACUAGCGACACCGUUCGGUUGUUUAGUUGCCGGUCCGAUUGCUGAUAAAUUCGGCCGAAGACGGGCCAUGUACUGUGUCAAUAUUUUCUGUUUUAUUGGCUGGUUGCUCAUAGCCUGGGCCUAUUAUUGGCCACAACACCAAUACGUUAUUCUUUUGAUUGGCCGACUUUUGACGGGGCUUUCGACAGGAUUGUCGAGUGCCCCAGCUACUAUUUAUAUGGCAGAGAUUGCAAGUGUUAAUUUGAGAGGAGUUUUCUGCACUUGGAACAGUAUUGCCUUCUCUUUGGGGGUCCUUAUUGUCUACUUUUUAGGUUUUGUGCUACAGGACAACUGGGGCCUUAUCAGCCUCAUAACCGCCGUUUUCCCAUGCGUGGGCAUGGUCUUCGUCACAUUCCUAGUCCCCGAAUCGCCAUCUUGGCUCAUUCGGAAGGACCGCUUCGACGAAGCGAAAACCAACAUGUGCAAAAUAUUCGGUACCAAAGAAUACAUCCCUGAAGUUGCACAAGAAAUUGAUACUUUAAUCCGAAACCGCGGUGUGAAAAAUAACCCAAAACCGAAAACAAUCCUCCAACAAGUCGCCAAAAAAUUAAAGUAUUUAACCCGUGCCAGCUGUUUGAAGCCUUUAAGUCUCGUUGUUGGCUUUUUCUUCUUCCAACAAUUUGCCGGUACUUUUGUUAUAGUUUUUUAUGCUUUGAACAUCGUCAAGGAGGCCGGGGUUGAGAUAGACGCCUACGUGGCAAUUGUCAUGAUAGGUCUAGUCCGCCUCUUUUCCGCCAUCUUGGUUAGUUAUAUUAGCAAAAUUUUCGGGCGUCGUCCAUUAUCGGUCGUUUCCGGUUCUGGAAUGGCGGUUUGUAUGAUGGCGCUCGCUGGUUACAUCCUAGCAGUGACGAAGAGUAAAGUACCGGAAGCGACGCAACAGUCACUUGUUUUUCUUCCGGUUGUGCUUCUUUUGUUGUAUUUUUUCACAAGUACUGUUGGUUUUCUACCAAUGCCGUUUGCAAUGGCGGCUGAGUUAUUCCCCGCAAAAAUUAGGGGAACAGCAACAGGGUUGGCGUCAGGGAUUGGGUACUUUUUCAAUUUUGUAACUGUCAAAAUCUACCCGGCCAUGAUUUCGGGAAUUGGCCGGGAAGGAGUGUUCUUUUUCUACGGUGCCAUGAGUCUCGCUGGUACCAUUUAUGUGGUGGCACUACUGCCCGAAACUAGGGGAAAAACCUUACAAGAGAUUGAGGAGUAUUUUGGUAAAAAACCCUCAAAAAAUAAUUCCCUAUUAAAGGAACCAGUCUAAGGGCACUAGAUCUGUUUUUGACAGCUACGAAAUGUCAAAACAUGUCACUAAAUUGUGACGUGCAUAUCAGUAUACCCUAGUCCUAGUUUUUGACUGUGAUUUGUACAUAUUUUGUUAGUUAGGCCAAUAGUUUGUAAAAUAUUUAUUCAAAAAUGAUAAAAUACAAUAAAAUCAACACUUGGUCGUC